UUCAAUUCUUCUUUCUUAAAAACAAAUUCAUUGGUGCCGUAAAAUUUUUUUUUUCAUUUUCAAUAUGACUUUUACAAAAUUACAAAAUGAAACUUUAAGAUCAUCAACAUGGGUACCCUUAAUAGCUUAUGUUAAUGAUUCAACGGAAACUUUUCUUGUAAAAUCUAUUUUCACGGAAAAGUCUUACUUAGUAAUGUUUACUGAUUUACGUUAUGUCUGGUUCGAAGAAUUAUUUGAUGAUGAGAUAAAAAAACGUUUUCAAGAAUUAAAAGUUUCUCUUGAACAAGAACGUUUAUCAGAAUAUAUUCAAUUCUUAUCUGAAUAUUUAAUUCCUCAACGACCUGAUAUAACUCAUAAAGUUACAAAAAAUAAUGAUGAUUCGUUCUUAUUCGAAUCUAAAAGAAAUAUUGGUCCAAUGGAACUAAAUUGGAAAUUUAAUUGUGAAUUGAUCCCUACUUCACUUCCUAUAAACUCUUCAAAUUCUAAUGAACAACAACUCGAUGGUGCAUCAGUUUUAUAUACUCAUUUCAUUCUACCUCAAAUAUUGAUAACAUCUGCUUAUAAUAAACAAAUAGAAACUUUACAUAAUAUAAUAAAAUCAAAAGAGGAUGAAUUUAAUGAAACUGUACGUUUAAUGUCAUUAGUAAGAUUACAAUCGACCGGCAAAUCUAAUAAAGAUACACACACAGAUUUAACACCUUUUGAUCCCAAUACUUCAUAUGAUGAAAUUGGAAAGGUCAUCCAGAACCUUGAAGUUACAGAUUUGCAAACUUCUUUUGAUAUUUGUAAAGAUCCUACUUUAUCAAAAUUAUUCAAAACUGCGACAGAACGUGUUAUUCCACCAGUUUCAGAGAAAAAUGUAAAACUUCCAGCAACGGUAUCAUAUUCAUCAGGAGCUCCUUCAAUUACCGAAUUAGCCGAAUUAACAUCCCAGAUGCCAACAGUGAACUUACCAAGUUUAUCAGAUUCACAAUUAUCAAAAAUGUUUACCCCACAAGUAUUAUCACUUGAAGAUAAUGAUAACAAUCCUUCACAAGCUUCAACAAUUGAAUUACCAGCUAUUGAUUCAUUUCAUAGUACACAAUCUAAUGAAGAAUUAGCACGUGCUCAAGCUGAAGAUCGAAAGGCUGAAGAAGCAAAAGCUAAAGAACUUGAAAAGAGGAAACGUCUUAAAGAUUUGGCGGCAAAACAAGCUGAAAAACCUGCAAAGAAACGCAAGAAAGUUAUGUAAACCGCACAUAGAUAUAAUAAGGGAAACAAAUGUAAAAUGUAAUUUAUAAUAGUUUAUUUGUUAUUUUAUUUGUUUUUAAUUUAGGCCUACAAUGUACCGAAAUAAGAGUAAUA